AUGCCUGAUGCCAAUAUCUAUGACUGUCAUCCAGGACAUCUGUUAUAUAUGUAUGAAUUUUCAGAAAGAAACAAUGAUUCAUAUUUCUUUUCUCUAAGAGAGAAGAAAUUUGGACAUGGGGAUAGAGCUAACCGGGUUGUAAAAGAUGGCUCUGGGCUCUGGAGUAAGUCGAUAUCAAAGAAACCUGUCAAGGGAGUGGAUGGUAGGGUAAUCGGUCAUAAGAGUAACCUUGUUUUCUUCACCGGUCAGAAGAAAAGUAAGGAUGGAAAAACAAUUUGGCUUAUGAAAGAAUUUGAAAUAUCUGAUGAACAACAAGAAGAAGCCGGAUGCAGCGGCAUGAUGCCGUAUGAUUUGGUAUUAUGUCAAUGUGUAUAUACUAUGAAUCGGCUUAGCUGA